GCGGGGAGGGGGGUGGGGUGGGACGGCGCCCAGCCUCGGGUGCUGGCGCGUGGGGGCCGGGCCGGCGCGGUGCCUUCCGCCCUUCUGCAGCCAUCUGCAUAUUUUUUUUCUCUCUUUCUUUUUCGCAAUUUUGAACAUUUUGCAGGACGAGGGGUUCGAGGCAGGUGAGAGCAUCCUGCCAGUCGCCGAGGAGCCCCCCGGGCACUUGGCGCGCUCUCGGGGGACCGUCUGCACCGGGAACCCGAAAGUUUUUUGUUUUUAUUUUCCGAUGCAGAUGUAUUUAUAAUAUAGACAGAAGUAUUUUUUUUUUUUUUCUUGUCUCCACCGCCUUGAAAGCGAGUACUUUUGGCAAAGGACGGAGGAAUAAAAAAAAAAAAAAAAAAAAAAAAAAAAAAAGCUCAGCAACAUUUUGGGGUGGGGGGGCGGCUGGGUUUUCUUGUUCUUUUUUUUUUUUUUUUUUUUUUUUUAAAGAAAAAAAUCUUGAGUGCAUCGCGAUGGAGAAAAUGUCCCGACCGCUCCCCCUGAACCCCACCUUUAUUCCGCCUCCCUACGGCGUGCUCAGGUCCUUGUUGGAGAACCCGCUGAAGCUCCCCCUUCAUCACGAAGACGCAUUUAGUAAAGAUAAAGACAAGGAAAAGAAGCUGGAUGAUGAGAGUAAUAGCCCGACGGUCCCCCAGUCGGCGUUCCUGGGACCCACCUUAUGGGACAAAACCCUUCCCUAUGACGGAGAUACUUUCCAGUUGGAAUACAUGGACCUGGAGGAGUUUUUGUCGGAAAAUGGCAUUCCCCCCAGCCCAUCCCAGCAUGACCACAGUCCUCACCCUCCUGGGCUGCAGCCAGCUUCCUCCUCGGCCCCCUCGGUCAUGGACCUCAGCAGUCGGGCCUCUGCACCCAUUCACCCUGGCAUCCCGUCCCCGAACUGUAUGCAGAGCCCCAUCAGACCAGGCCUGGAAUGCCUUGCCUUGAUACAACUGAGUUUGCCGGCACCUGCGGUCCCUUUUCAGCCAGGACCAUGGGUUUCCCUGGGUCCUUCUCCCUGGCUCACGUCUUCCCAGGGCUGCUGGUGUGUACCGUCUAGAGAUCACAUUUUAUUAACACAAAGAAAUCUGCUUGGGCUGCCUGGCUCUUGCAGUCACGUGGAGAGAAAUGUGUUCCUUCGGUACACCAGCCUGCAGCUCUCUCUGCAAAAUACAGUCGAGAGCUGGGCACUGGGCCAAGCUUACAUUUCACUUUGGAACACACUUUCGCAUCACUCUUUGGCAGAACAUCCACGGCAGUGUCUAUUUGGGGAGUAAGUUAGAGAAGUGUUGUUUCCCUCUUAUGAGUGUAGAGAGAUAGGACCUUUAAAAAAAUAUUUGACUUUUCCCCAUCUUUGCCAUCUUCGGUGUGCCCAGGUAAUAAGGGAUCCAGCCAAACGUGGAAGCUGCGCCUGGGAGACAGCCCCAUCCCUCCCAGGACCUCCUGUUUCCCUUGCUAAAUCAGUAAACACGGCCAGGACCGCCUGGGACAGUGAAGCUUAGGCCAAGGUAAUAACAUCAAAACCAAAGUCCAGGAACUCUUGAGCAAACUAGUUACCCUCCCAGAUAAAACAACUUCGUUGUCCAAAUCUUUCUUUCUGAAGAUCUAAGACUUUCAGAUGUUGGUCCAGGGCCAACCACUGAAGGAGGAACUUCAGCAAGCCUCCUGGAAUGGCAAACGCUGUUAAAAUAAACAAAUGGACCCCUUCCAUUCAG